AUGUGCAAGGAAUUGGAGCAGGUGAUGCAAGAGAAGUUCGAGAUGAGCGCUUUGGGAGAAAUGACUUUCUUUUUAGGUUUGCAGGUUCAUCAAUCUAAAGAAGGGAUUUUCAUUCCUCGGACCAAGUAUGUUGGGGAUAUCCUAAAACGAUUUCAGAUGGGAGAUUCAAAGCAUUCAGGAACUCCUCUGGCUCAAAAUCAUGGGAUUACUCCUAACGGAAUGGGUGAACAUGUGGAUCCAUCUCUUUGUCGUGCUAUGAUUGGAUCUUUCAUGUAUAUUACUGCUUCAAGGUCCGACAUUAUGUUUCCAACAUGUCUUCUAGCUCAUUACCAGUCAAAUCCAAAAGUUUCUCAUUUGGUGGCUGUAAAAACGAUUUUUCGUUAUUUGAAGGGUUGCCCAGACACCAGUCUUUGGUAUCCUAAGGAUGAUAACUUUGAUUUGAUAGCAUUUAGUGAUUCUGAUCAUGGUGGCUGCAAGAUCGAUGCAAAGUCAACAUCAGCAGGAUGUCAGUUUUUUGGGAAAUCUCCUAGUCACGUGGUACUGCAAACAAGCAAACCUGUGUAG